UACCCAACAGAUGUUACCAUCGGUACCACCGACACCACCGAUACAAACAUUUAGGCAAUACAAAACUCAAAGUAUUCGGGGACCACUUGGAUUGAUGCUUCAGGCCGAUAAUACGGAUCGUGUUCCAACUACUGCUGACACACCUCAUAUUUCAAUUUUAAUUAAGAAGGGCACCAAACUUUUUAUACCAGAGGAGAGUCAUAUUCCCAUGUACCGAACGAAUGGUAAAAUAAGAGGCAAGUCUCUAAUCAUAAACAACAUCAAGUUUAAACACAAACAUACUAGAGAUGGGGCACAUAACGAUAGUACGAACAUGUUCAAUUUGUUAAAAGCCUUAGAUCUUAAUCCUAAGGAAAAGAACAAUUUAACAGCGGGCCAAAUAUCUAAAACUUUGCAGCAUUUUUCAAAUAAUUCAGAAUUGGACAAAGUAGAUAUAUGCUUUAUUGUGAUAAUGAGUUACGGAAAAGGGAGUGUUAACGACAUGACUGAGAUUUACGGGGUUGAUGAAGGGCUCAUCAAAGUCCAUGACAUUAUCUCGCAUUUUGCUUCAAAUCGUUGUAAAAAGUUGGCGGGAAAACCAAAAGUUUUCAUCUUUCAAUGCUCUCGAGAUUCUGCGGACAACAAAGGAAUCGAAUUUGAUGCCCGACCACCAACGCCCCCGCCGCACCUCGGAGAUAUGCUAAUUGCAUAUUCAACUAUGCCUGGAUUUCCGUCUGGUAGAAAUUUGGAGUUGGGUUCAUAUUACAUUCGGGAGAUAUGUAAUGUUUUUAUGAGGCAUGCUUGCGACUUGCAUCUAGAAGAUAUGUUUAAAAUAAUAGAAAAUAAUCUUAAAAAUAGAACUAUUCAGCAGCACACAUCGUAUGAGAACAAAUCGUUUCAGAAUUGUUAUUUAAAUCCAAAGUAA